CUGGGCCUGUGGAGUGGGCUGCGCGCGUUGAGCGGACCCUACUUCUCCACUAGGGCUGCUGUGGCCCCGAGUGAUCGUGGGGCUGGCAACCGGGUGAGUCAGGGCGGGGAGACGAAGCCAGGGUUUCUCCGAAGGCUUAGUACGGCGGAUUUCUCCCCGCGACAAGACCAGACCGCCGGGCCGCGGUGGAUCGUGGCUCCCGGGUCGUGAUCGGUCUUCUCUCUCCCUGAGACCCUGGUACGAGACUUCGGGCACAGUUGCUUCAUGAAAAAACGGGCCCUCGCUCUCGCGGGAGAGUUUUUCAUGGGUACUGCCUAAGAGAAAGAUGAGGACUUUAUGUCUCACUGGCCGCUGACACACCAGCCUGAUGACAGCACCUCUAUGUACCUUCCCGGUUCAGUUCCGACAGCCCUCCAUCAGUGGCCUCUCACAGAUCACCAGUAGUCUGUAUAUCAGCAAUGGUGUGGCCGCCAACAACAAACUUAUGCUUUCUAGCAACCAGAUCACCACAGUCAUCAAUGUCUCUGUGGAAGUGGUGAAUACCUUAUAUGAAGACAUCCAGUAUGUACAGGUGCCUGUGGCUGACACACCCACGUCACGUCUCUGUGAAUUCUUUGACCCCAUAGCUGACCACAUCCACAGUGUCGAGAUGAAGCAGGGCCGUACACUCCUCCACUGUGCGGCUGGUGUGAGUCGCUCGGCUGCCCUCUGCCUCGCCUACCUCAUGAAGUACCACGCCAUGUCCCUGUUGGAUGCCCACACAUGGACCAAGUCAUGUCGGCCCAUCAUCCGGCCCAACAGCGGCUUUUGGGAGCAGCUCAUUCACUAUGAGUUCCAGCUAUUUGGCAAGAACACCGUGCACAUGGUCAACUCCCCCAUGGGAGUGAUCCCUGACAUCUAUGAGAAGGAAGUCCGUUUAAUGAUUCCACUGUGAGCUUGUCACUAGCCCCUACAUCGGGGUCAGAGGUGCAGAUCUGCCACUGAUCCUAUACUAAGAUCUGAACUUGAAUAUUCUACUUUUGUGCUACAGAAAAACCCAAAUGAUGCCUU